AUGAGUGCUGAUUGGGCUUGGGAGAUACAGGACUCAUUACCCACUGGUCAUUCCUUCCUUGGUGUAAUUGGUGCUUCAGACAAGACUCCUUUGACAACUGGUACUGGCAAUAAAGAAAUGCACCCACUUUUGCUCUCCCUAGCUAAUAUUCAUGCUGGUGUGCAGAUGAAGGCCACAUCACAUUCAUUUGCACUUGCUGCAUACCUCCCAAUUCCAAAGUUCCAUAACAUUUCACCUGCAGUACAGGCUGUUCUAUCCUCCCAUGUGUAUCACUUUGCCAUUUCAAUCAUGAUGAAGAACUUGAAGUUAGCCCAUCAUGAUGGUGUGGUCUUAUCUGAUCCCAACAGUGAUCUUUGCAUAAUCCAUACACCACUUGUUGCUUGGAUCACAUAUUACCCUGAGCAGCUCCUUGUGGCCUGUGUUUCCUCAAAGAACUCUCCAAUCUCCAUUGCCUACAGCAGACCACUUUGGCAACCCCACCCCUCAUCUCUCCUGUGUUCACCAGAAUACCCUUGCAGCUAUCCAUGA